AUGGUUCUGUUUGAAUGCCUACCGAAUGAAGUUUUACUUGAAUCAUUCAUCUACCUGGAUACAAUUCAACUUCUCCGAGCGCUCUACGGUCUCAAUGUUCGUUUAAAUCGAGUAAUCUAUCUUCACUUCGAGGCUCAUCAAUUCAGUUUUCAAUCCUUACCCAAUGAGCACUUCGAUCUCAUUUGUCACGAAUACCUCCCAUGUGCGAUCGAGAACAUCCGCUCACUUCGUCUUUCGCAUGAGGAAACACCUGAUCUCAGCGAGAUACUGUUCUCUCAAUACUUUACUCUCGAUCGUUUUCAUCGACUACAAACUCUCUGUCUACACUAUAUCAAAUCUCUCGGCACAUUAAUGAAAAUAACCUAUCAAUGCCGAAAUCUACAGUUUCUAACUACUCUGAAAAUCAUUGCUGAUCGGCAUGGCGAAAAACAAACACGAAUCUUCAAUUUGUUCGACAAUAUAUGGAACAUUCCAAGUCUAAAACAUUGUAAUCUGAAUGGGAUUCAAAAGAAACUGAUCGUACCCUUUCAGAUGUCAUCAGUCUCAUCGACGAUCGAGUUUCUUUGUAUUCAGAAUGUUAAAUAUGGUUUGCAAGCUCUUUUUGGCCUGUUAUUAUGCACGCCGAAUCUUGAACAUCUCAGCACAACGAUCGGAUCUUAUACUGCAAAUGAUUAUUUGGAAUUGCAGAGUUAUACCAUGACUUCACUGUUUGUUUCUUUCGAUGUUUUUCCGAGUACAAUGAAGAUUAUCUUUGAAAAAUUCCCGAAUUUACAACAUUUGAAAGUAAAGAUCAACAAUACGUAUAUCGAUGGAAGCGAAUGGCAACAAAUUAUCGAAACUCAUCUGCCUAGACUUAAAUUAUUUCAGUUUAAAAUGAUCUUUGAAUUCAUGCCAAACAUCAAACGAGAUGUGCAAGCCGAACAAAUUCUUCAAACGUUUCGAAGUCCAUUUUGGAUUGAGAAACAUCAGUGGUUUGUUCGUUGCCGAUGGAAUCCAUCGAAUACAAUCAAACUCACUAUUGUCUAUACAUUACCCUACGCAUUCGAGUCAUUUCAUUAUUCGAAUGAAUACUGUGAACGUUCGACUGAUCUCGCCGAGAAAUCGCAUCGCGUCUACGAACACAUUCGAUAUGUUCAUCUUCAUCGAAUUGAUGCCAUCGAUUCAGUUAACGAUCUAAAUCCAUUUAAUAUUAAAUUUCCCAAGACUAUACAUGUCACUGCGCAUAUUCCAUUUGAUAACACAUUUCUAUAUUCCAAUCAAACGUUCAACGAAGUGAAAUCACUUGUCGUUUAUCUAUCGAUGGAUACCGGAUAUUAUCAGUUACAACUAUUAAUUGAUCAGAUGCCUGCGCUCUAUUCAUUGAAGAUCUACUCACAUAAUAGAGUGCAUGCGUCAUUCUUUCAUCUGACUAGUCGAUCAGUGCGUCGUCUUGAUUUGACCAGAUGUUCGUUAGAUGGCGUAGAUUACCUUAGUGAUGAAGAAUGUAGACGAUUGAUUGAUUCGCCGAUGGGAAAACAGUGUGAAGUUCUUUUUGCACCUCUUUCUAGUCGAGAUUUCGUUUUGGAUUUAAUUCAUAAGAUGGCAACUCUUCGACUAUUAGUACUUGAAUGCUACGAAGAUCCGAAAAUCUUCAAAUACUGUAAAUGUAAAAAUGAUGAACUGUUAGAAUGGUUGCAUCAUCAAUUGCUCACAACAUGUCUGAUUGUUCGCGAUCAGACAUCUCCGUCGAAGAUUAAAAUUUGGAUCAAUCGGGAAGAUUUAAUCUCAAAUUGUGACAUUAUCGUCCCAAAAGAUCGAGGCAAAAUACUUCGCUCGAUCAGAUCGACAUUUCCACGUCUAUUUCGAAAAUCAUCAUUUUAUCAAUAA